UACAAUACUAGGCCAGUGAAUGCCUGUUGCUGCACUGAUUGAAAAGUGCAUGGGUGGAACUGGAAUAUCAACAUCUGAACCAGGAUAAAUCCAUGGCAAAAUACGAUUUAAUUUGGAGAUAUUUGGAAUGAACGCAAAUGAACGAAACUGCAUCUCUGGAGGCGAUAUCUCCAGUUCUAUCAGCCAGGUCGAGAUGCAGAUUUCCAAAAGCCCUUUUAUCGCCACUGUCAGUGCAGUCACAUCGAGACAAGAGCUGCGCUGGAUAAUCGAGCCGGUGAUGCCCAGUGAGAGUCUGGAGCAGACUAGUGAACCUACAGCAGCUCAGAAAGAAAGCUUCAAAAGAAAUAUACAUCUCACUCCAGAUGAAGAGGAGAAGAUAAGACGGAGAAGAGAACGCAACAAAAUAGCAGCUGCCAAAUGCCGCAACCGCAGACGAGAACUUAUUGACCUUCUUCAGGAGGAGACUGAGCGCCUGCACAUGGAGCAGGUCGUGCUGCAGAGGCAGGUGAGCUGCCUGCAACAGGAGAAAGAGCAGCUGAAAAUGCUUCUGGCAUCCCAUGCAUCCAUCUGCACACUGGCACAGGACAAACCUCAUUCCUUGGACACUUUUAUGUCAGGAGAGCCCCUGCCAUCCAAAAUUUCCCUCACAAUAAAACAGAAACCUCUGGAUGACGUAAGUGGGUCUGGACAUUUGGUGCUCCAACAGACAGAGAACGACUCUGAAUUACACUAAAUUCAAUGAAGACGAUGACGCACCAGCGCUUUUUAUUUCAUAUCUUUGUAAAUACCUCAUUACCACUACUAAAGAGACAUUCUGUGUUCAACAUCCAACUUUUCCUGUGUUUAGAAACUCAUUGCAAAUGAGAGUGAAAUCAAGUCUGGUGCUCUGUUAUAAUUAUUUUGUACCUGUUCCCAUGUAGU